AUGGAGGAGGAGGAGGAUGUGCUGAUGCAGGGGGAAGAAGAAGAGGAGGGGGAGGACCUGGCCAUAGGAAUGGAGCACGUGGUCAUGGACAAGAAAGCGGAAGAGGAUGACUUGGAUGAGGAGGAGGAGGAGGAGGGCAAGGCCAAGUCCUCCUCUACCUCCAUGGCCAGACUGCAGAACGACGCCCACAUUUCGCUCCAGCCCUUGGCACAGGGCAGAGAAAUGGCUGCAGCAGAGCCAGUUCAGGGGCCGGUGAGCUUCGAGGAGGUGGCUGUGUAUUUCACCGCGGGGCAAGGGCCUCUGCUGGAACCCGCUCAGAGAGCCCUCUACAGAGACGUCAUGCAGGAGAACUAUGAGAAUGUGACCUCGCAGGGGUGUCCAGUUUCCAAACCUGAUGUGAUCUCCCAGCUGAAACGAGGGGAGGAGCCGUGGGUCCCGGAUCUCCAGGGCUGUGAGGAAGGAGAGAUCCCCAGAGGUGCCUGCGCAGGUGAGGGAUCAUUAAACCAACUCAAAGCUCUCAGUGCCCGAAGGAAACAGCUGGGAGUCCCUAAAAGCCUUGAGAAGAAGCAGAAUCCUCAGCAGGAAGAUUCUGAGCAAGUGGCACCACAUGGGGGAUUAUCGCACGGCUCCAGAGGGAAUGUGUCCCGGCAUCGUGUGCAGGGCAAAGCCUGUGAGAGUCAGCACAGGCCAGAGAGGGAGCAGAGAAACCAGCCAGCGGAGAAAGUGGGUAACUCCAUUAAUUGUCAGGGAACUCACCAGGACCUCCUGGAAACCACAGCCCAGCCGAGAAUACCCACAGGAGAGAGAAAAAACACAUGCACUGAGUGUGGAAAACAUUUCACUAACCACUCAGGCCUUUUAAAACAUCAGAGAAUCCACACUGGAGAGAGGCCCUAUGGAUGCAGUGAGUGUGGGAAAAGCUUCACUGUCAACUCAGACCUUAUUGGACAUCAGAAUAUCCACAAGGGAAAGAUACCUCAUCAGUGCUCUGAGUGUGGAAAAACGUUCACACAGAGUUCAGCUCUAAUUACACAUCAGAGGAUCCACACGGGAGAGCGCCCCUAUGAAUGCCGUGAAUGCGGGAAACUGUUCUGUCAGAAAUCAACCCUAAUUACACAUCAGGCAAGGCAUACAGGAGAGAGACCCUAUCAGAUCUGGUGUCCAGUUUCCAAACCUGAUGUGAUCUCCCAGCUGGAACGAGGGGAGGAGCCGUGGGUCCCGGAUCUCCAGGGCUGUGAGGAAGGAGAGAUCCCCAGAGGUGCCUGCGCAGGUGACUCUCUGUCGGUGAGUGAGGAGAAGAAGCAGAAUCCUCAGCAGGAAGAUUCUGAGCAAGUGGCACCACAUGGGGGAUUAUCGCACGGCUCCAGAGGGAAUGUGUCCUGGCAUCGUGUGCAGGGCAAAGCCUGUGAGAGUCAGCACAGGCCAGAGAGGGAGCAGAGAAACCAGCCAGCGGAGAAAGUGGGUAACUCCAUUAAUUGUCAGGGAACUCACCAGGACCUCCUGGAAACCACAGCCCAGCCGAGAAUACCCACAGGAGAGAGAAAAAACACAUGCACUGAGUGUGGAAAACAUUUCACUAGCCACUUAGGCCUUUUAAAACAUCACAGGAUCCACACUGGAGAGAGGCCCUAUGGAUGCAGUGAGUGUGGGAAAAGCUUCACUGUCAACUCAGACCUUAUUGGACAUCAGAAUAUCCACAAGGGAAAGAUACCUCAUCAGUGCUCUGAGUGUGGAAAAACGUUCACACAGAGUUCAGCUCCAAUUACACAUCAGAGGAUCCACACGGGAGAGCGCCCCUAUGAAUGCCGUGAAUGCGGGAAACUGUUCUGUCAGAAAUCAACCCUAAUUACACAUCAGGCAAGGCAUACAGGAGAGAGACCCUAUCAGUGCUGUGAGUGCGGGAAAGGCUUCAGUGUGAGCUCAGACCUCAUUGUACAUCAGAGAAUUCACACGGGAGAGAGACCUUAUAGAUGCUGUGAGUGCGGGAAAAGUUUCACCCGGGGCCCACCCCUUACAAGACAUCAGGGUGUUCACAGGACAGCGACGCAGCGUAGAAACGUUGUGUAG